UCGAUGAUAUUUGUUCUUGUGUCGAAGGUCACAUACGAAAUACACCGACCAGAGAUGUUCGAACAACUCUUGGAAUAUUUUUCUUCAAGCUGCGAUCUGGUCUAUCCAACAAACUGCUUUCGGUGAUAUUUGGCAUUACAAAGUCAAGCAUACGGGGAGCCAUCACUUCCGUCAGACUGACGUUAAUGGCAAAGUUUGUACCCCACAAUCUUGGUCUGCAGCAUAUUUCCAGACAGGACUUGAUAGAGAGGCAUACACGUCAGCUGGCGACAACACUAUUCACAAAUGGAUCUGGCGAUUCUUCACGUCUAAUUUUAGUACUUGAUGGUACAUAUAUUUACAUUCAAAAGAGUCAGAACCACCACUUCCAACGAAGAUCGUACAGCAUUCAUAAAGGCAGACCACUAGUUAAGCCGAUGGUUAUCGUUACAACAACAGGAUACUACCUUACAGUCGUUGGUCCUUAUCUUUCGGAUGGGAAGAAUAGUGAUGCUAAAAUCCUCAACCAUAUACUAAAUGGGAAUAUGGAGGACAUAAAAUCAUACAUACGCCCGGAUGACAUAUUUGUUGUCGACAGAGGCUUCAGAGAUUCCCUUCAACUCUUAGAGGACUUAGGAAUACAGACAGAGAUGCCUUCAUUUUUACGGAAAGGUCAAUCACAGUUUGAUACGGAGGUAGCCAACACUAGCAGACUAGUCACAAAGGUAUUUUCGUUAUACCAGUAUGUCUAUCAGUUUCACUUAAUUGUGUCGUCUGCUAGCAGAAACACAUAUCUGGCCUAG